AUGGCGACAUGGCAAGCAGCUUGCAACCAAGGGACAAGCAGUGUUAAGAUUACCGUACCACAAGGGAAGACUUAUUUGGUGAAACAAAUCAUGUUUGAGGGGCCAUGUAAAUCCUCAUCAAUAACAUUUGAGGGAGGCUCUGGAUUUGCAAGGGACAUAAGCUUUUCAGACAUAACAUUAAUAGCUGUUGAUAACCCUAUUAUCAUAAACCAGUUUUAUUGCAAUGGCAGAGUAUGCCCGCCCACCAAAGUAAGCAACUUCACCCAAGCUUUUACAGUGAUUUUCUUCUCUUUUGGAAUGGGAGGUGAGAAUGCCGCAUUGGCUGUCAAAGUUAGUGACGUGACAUACACUGGAAUCCAAGGAACAACCAUUUGCAAGAAUGCUAGUAUCAACUUCAGUUGCAGCGAUACCGUUCCUUGCACUAAUAUCAUCUUGAAUAAUAUCAACAUAGCAGCGGUUGCUCCAAAUCCACCACCACAUUCUCUCUGCAUGCACGCCCAAGUAACAGCUCAUCUAACAGUACCACCGGUAAAUUGUCAAGCGCAUAUUUGA